AUGACCACGACAGCCACCACGCUCAAGGGCCAGCCCUUGGACAAGGCGGUUCUUGAAUCCAUGCUCCGGCGGCGCAUGUUCUAUACCCCUUCGUUUGAAAUCUACGGCGGCGUGUCGGGUCUCUACGAUUAUGGCCCGCCGGGUUGUGCCCUGCAGGCGAACAUCAUUGACAUCUGGAGGAAGCACUUCGUUCUCGAGGAGGAUAUGCUUGAAGUCGACUGCACCGUCCUAACCCCCCAUGAGGUUCUCAAGACCAGUGGACACGUUGACAAAUUCGCGGAUUGGAUGUGCAAAGAUCCCAAGAACGGGGAAAUCCUCCGGGCCGAUCACUUUGUCGAGGACGUCCUUGAGUCGAGGCUAAAGGGCGACAAGGAAGCCCGCGGCGAGAAGAUUGAGGAGAAGGAGGUCGACCCUAAGAAGAAGAAGAAGAAGACCAAGGGCCAGGAGGCAAUCAAGCUGGGCGACGCUGUUGUCAAGGAGUACGAGGAGAUUCUGGCGCAAAUCGACAAUUACAAUGGCGAGCAGCUCGGCGAACUUAUCAUCAAGUACGACUUGAAGAACCCGGCUACAGGAGUCCUGCCUACCCCUCCGGUUGCCUUCAACCUCAUGUUCCAGACAUCGAUUGGUCCGAGUAGCAAUCUUGCCGGAUAUCUCCGACCCGAGACUGCUCAGGGCCAAUUUCUUAACUUCGCUAAGCUGCUAGAGUUCAACACGGGCAAUAUGCCUUUCGCCUCGGCUUCUAUCGGAAAGUCUUACAGAAACGAGAUCUCGCCCAGGGCUGGCCUCCUCCGUGUUCGCGAGUUCCUAAUGGCCGAGAUCGAGCAUUACGUUGACCCUGAGGGCCACAAGAAGCACAGCCGAUUCCAUGAAGUUGAAGAUAUUGAACUCGUGCUUCUCGAUCGCCACACACAACUCUCCGGACAGACUUCCGUCAAAAAGAUGACAGUCGGGAAGGCCGUCAAGGAUGGCCUUGUCGAUAACGAGACGCUUGGCUACUUUUUGGCCCGAAUUCAUCUCUUCCUCGAGAAGCUCGGGAUUGAUCAGUCAAAGAUCCGUUUCCGGCAGCAUAUGGCGAACGAGAUGGCCCACUACGCCUGCGAUUGCUGGGAUGCUGAGCUCUUGACGUCAACUGGCUGGGUCGAGUGCGUUGGCUGUGCUGACAGGAGUGCGUACGACUUGACCGUCCACGCCAAGAAGACUGGCGCGCCGCUAAUUGUGCGCGAACGUCUGGAUGAGCCCAAGAUCAUUGAGGAGUGGGAGACGGUUAUUGAGAAGAAGAAGUUUGGCCCGUUCUAUAAAAAGGACGGCAAGACAAUCGAGGCCGCUAUCCUGGCGACGAGCCAGGAGCAGCGUGAAACGUUGGCCAAGGAGAUGGAGCAGAACGGCAAAGUUGUCAUUGAUGUCCCUGGAGUCAGUGAAGGCAAGGUCGAAGUUAGCAAAGACCUGCUAGCCCUCGAAUUCCGCAAGAGGACAGAGAACAUCCGAGAAUAUACGCCCAAUGUCAUCGAGCCGUCGUUCGGUAUCGGGCGGAUACUAUACUCAUUGAUUGAGCAUAACUACUGGACCCGGGCAAGCGAUGGUGGCGACGAGGCGCGUGGUGUACUCUCAUUCCCUCCUGCUGUGGCCCCGACCAAGGUCCUUAUUGUAACUCUUUCCACGAACCAGGAGUUCGGGCCAUUCACACGCAAGCUAUCCCAAAAGCUCCGAGCCGUUGGCAUCUCAAGCCGUGUGGAUGAUUCCUCGGCGUCGAUCGGCAAGCGGUAUAGCAGAAAUGACGAGCUCGGUACGCCAUUUGGCAUCACCAUCGACUUCCAGACUGUGAAGGAUGGCAGCGUUACUCUGCGCGAACGAGACAGCACACACCAAGUCCGCGCCGACGAAGACAAGAUCAUUGCCGCCAUACAGUCACUUGUAAACGGCGCCAAAUCAUGGCGCGAUAUUGAGUCCGAACUGCCGGUUUUCGAGGCUCAAGAGCUUGAAGUCCGCUGA